GUUCCCGGGCCGCGGUGUCUUUGAGAAACUCCCGCUAGGCUCCGGGGACCCGAAACAGGCUCGAGGCUUCGCGGCAACUGCAUUUUACUCCCUGAUGAAGAAUCGUAAGCUAAAGGCAGGGAGGAGAGACAGACGUACGGAGAGGCAGCGGGUCCGGGCCAGACGGCGCGCGUGGCGGGGAGCGCGAACCGGGAGCCACGGAGGCCUCUCACCUGCCCGGCCCGGCCGCCGAGGCCCGGCUCCCGCGGCCUCACGCUCCCACUCCCGGCCCCGCCUUACCCGGCGGACGCCAGCCUCCUCUCUCGCGGAGCGGAGUUCCGAGAAGCCCGGGACCCGCGCGCCCCAGAGAGGAGCGGGGCGGGAGGCGCAGCGGGCGGCUAGGGCCUGCGGGUCCCCAAGGGCCCGAGACUUGCCGGUUCCCAGCCGGAUGGGGUUCUGCGUCCCUGGCCGCGCACUUUUACCUGCGCCAGGGCCUCGGACAGACGAACGGACAGCCAGACGCAGAGGUAGGAGGAGGCCCCCGGCCGGGGCCCGCGCCUCCUUGGCGCUGCCCAGAGCUGACUUGGGAGAGGGUGACGGGGGCGCGCCCGCGGAGCUGGGCCUGGCCGGGCGCCCCCCAAGCCGAGGGGACCGAGGACUUUCCUCCCUCCUCGGAUUAUUAAAAAGUUCAUUUCCUGGCGAAUCGGGUGACGUCAGGGGCCCGGCGUCGCGGUGGCGGGGCCGCCAGGCCGGAGAAGCCGCCUCCAGUUACCCAAUUACCGACUGUCAAUCCCGCCGCCCCUCCCCCCACUCUCCCGGGGGUAGCCCGGACCCCUGCCUUCCCUCCUGCCCUGGACCCACCUGGGAUUCCUCUGGGUUUCUACCCCGAGAGCCGUGGACCCAACGAGGGGAGAGGGGCUGGAGAACGUCGAUUACUCACCAAUACCCCGCACCUGUCUCAGUCCCCCCCCAAUUUCUUUGUUCCCGACCCUCCCUCCUCGGCCAUAGACUCCCUUCGAGCCUCGGUCUCCUCCGUCUGUGCAAUGGGAGAGAGCGAGGAGACGCGUGCUCCGGGCCCACUCGACCCACAGAGCUGGAUCUCUGGAUUGGAGGGACGCCGCCGCCUCCUCCGCCCAGAUCCCGAACCUCCGCCGGCCAUGGAGGUGGCGCCCGAGCAGCCGCGCUGGAUGGCGCACCCCGCCGUGCUGAAUGCGCAGCACCCCGACUCGCACCACCCGGGCCUGGCGCACAACUACAUGGAGCCCGCGCAGCUGCUGCCCCCCGACGAGCUCGCCUGACCGGAGGCCAGAUGUGCCGCCCACACUUGUUGCACAGCCCGGGGUUGCCCUGGCUGGACGGGGGUAAAGCAGCCCUCUCCGCGGCGGCAGCACACCACCACAACCCCUGGACCGUGAGCCCCUUCUCCAAGACACCACUGCACCCCUCAGCUGCUGGAGGCCCCGGAGGCCCCCUCUCCGUGUACCCAGGGGCGGCGAGUGCGAGUGGGGGAGGCAGCGGGAGCUCUGUGGCCUCCCUCACUCCCACUGCAGCCCACUCUGGCUCCCACCUCUUUGGCUUCCCACCCACCCCGCCCAAGGAAGUGUCUCCUGACCCCAGCGCUGUGGGGGCUGCCUCCCCAGCCUCCUCUUCCGCAGGGGGUAGUGCCGCUCGGGGAGAGGACAAGGAUGGCGUCAAGUACCAGGUGUCGCUGCCAGAGAGCAUGAAGCUGGAAGGCGGCAGUCCCCUGCGCCCGGGCCUGGCUGCUGUGAGCACCCAGCCUGCCACACACCACCCCAUCCCCACCUAUCCCUCCUAUGUGCCGGCCGCGGCCCACGACUACAGCAGCGGGCUCUUCCAUCCCGGAGGCUUCCUGGGUGGCCCUGCCUCCAGCUUCACCCCUAAGCAGCGCAGCAAGGCGCGCUCCUGCUCAGAAGGCCGGGAGUGUGUCAACUGUGGGGCCACAGCCACCCCUCUCUGGCGGCGAGACGGCACUGGCCACUACCUGUGCAAUGCCUGCGGGCUCUACCACAAGAUGAACGGGCAGAACCGGCCGCUGAUCAAGCCCAAGCGGAGACUGUCAGCCGCCAGGAGAGCGGGCACCUGUUGUGCAAAUUGUCAGACGACAACCACCACCUUAUGGCGCCGAAACGCCAACGGGGACCCUGUCUGCAACGCCUGUGGCCUCUACUACAAGCUGCACAAUGUGAACAGGCCACUGACCAUGAAGAAGGAAGGGAUCCAGACCCGGAACCGGAAGAUGUCCAACAAGUCCAAGAAGAGCAAGAAAGGGACCGAGUGCUUCGAGGAGCUGUCCAAGUGUAUGCAGGACAAGGCCUCCCCCUUCAGUGCAGCCGCCCUGGCCGGGCACAUGGCACCCGUGGGCCACCUCCCGCCCUUCAGCCAUUCGGGACACAUCUUGCCCACCCCGACACCCAUCCACCCCUCCUCCAGCCUCCCCUUCGGCCACCCCCACCCAUCCAGCAUGGUGACCGCCAUGGGCUAGGGACAGCCCCCAACGAGUGGACAGACGGACACCAAGGAGGGCGGCCGGCAGUGUGAGGCUGGGUGCCCCCGGGACGGGUGGGCCAAACCCUUAGCUGCCCGCCCUUCCCUGAAGACUGAUGCGACUCCUGCCAGCCCAGCGGAGCCCCACGUGGCCUCGCCUGUGGGCGCUGUCUGCGGCCGUCAGCAGUCACUGUGAAGAUUCUCACCAGGGCUGGGAGGUGGCUGUGGCCCGGCUGCUGCCCAGGUGGGGUUUCCGUCACAAACAAUUGUUUGGAGAGCAGAAAGGACAACUUUUCUGAAGAAAAACGGAGGGGGCAGGGGACAAAUGAAGGAUCCUGUUUUUAGGAGGAAAAGGAUUGGCAAAAAUAAUUUAUUUUGCUCUUGUUUCUAACAAAGACUGGGAGACUUGGAGGUCUUAGAUGCCCCAAGUUCUCCUGGUCUUCCUGGGCGCCAAGUGCCACUUGGCCCACCCGCUUGCCAGGGCUCUGGGGCAGGCCUGCAGGGACCACAGCCUGCACCUUCUUCUCUGGCUUCGCUCUCAGAAAGGCCGAACCCCAGGCUGGGCUGAGCCAAUCCCGAGAGUGUGUGCCCUGGCGGCCGGGCCCUGGAGGGCAGAGACAAUCACAGGCGGUCCUGCGCAGAUUCCCAGGCCAGGGCUGGGUCACAGGAAGGAAACAACGUUUCUUGAGAGGGGAAACGUCUCCCAGCUCGCUCCCUUGGCUCUGAGGCCGAAGCUGCUGUGACCUGCAUCUCCUUAACGGCCGGAGCCACAGCCUGCCUCCUCUGCCAGGUGGACCCCCUGUACAUACAUCCUUUUUCUGCUAACCCCUCAACCCCCUCGCCUCCUACUCUGAAACAAAAGAAAAAAAUAUUUUAAAAAACCCAACAACCUGCAUAAGCUUAACUCGCUGAUGAGUUAGUUGUUUUAUUUUUAAACUCUUUUUGGGUCCAGUCAAUUGUAUGUUGCCACGGAAGGCCUUGCUAUGGAAAGGAAUAAAACCUACAAACCAAGGCUGUAGCUUCGUAGUGAUCUUUGGAAAAGUUCUUGGAUCCCACAGCCCUAGAAUGGGGAGCUGGGGGCCAGGGGAGGGGCUUUUGCUGCUCUUGGCUUUGGGGGCUGGUCUGGCAGGUAGAGAAGGCAGCAGUUGGGCAUGAGUCAGAGCCAGGACCGAGGGAAAGACCAGGACCCUGCUGGGGUCCCGGGAGAUGCAUGGGUUCUGCUCUGCUUUCCUGUGGCUGUCUGGAUCCUUCCCAAGGUACAGCUGUACAUAACUGUGUCUGAGCUUAGAUUCUGUAUGCGGUGGUGGCAGGCUGCGGUGGCCGGCGAGGGCCCGGCCCAGGAAGAGGAUUGUGCUGAUGUAGUUGACCAAGUGCAAUAUGGGCAGCCCAUCGCUGCAGGGGCACCACAGCCAAAAGUAACUUAUUUUGUACUAGUAUCCGCAUACGAAAAAGAAUCAGCAGUAUUUUGUUUUAUUUGGCUUGUUUUAUUUUGGAUUAGUGAACUAAGUUAUUGUUAAUUAUGUACAACAUUUAUAUAUUGUCUGUAAAAAUUGUAUGCUCUCCUCCUAUUCCUUUCAAGUGAAUACUGUUAAGAAUAAUAAAAUACUUUUUGUGAAUGCC